AGUGAAUUUCUACAAAGAAAAAGCUGCUUUCCCCUUUGCAGCUCCUCACCAAACAGUGCAAGAUGAAUAAAAUUAUUGUUUAUGAACAUGUAGACUUUAAAGGACUCCACAGAGAAUUUACUUUGGAUGUUCCUGACCUACACAGCAUGGACUUUGGAGACUGCAUAUCCUCCCUCAAGGUGAUUGGGCAACCAUGGCUGGCCUUCAAUGACUCAGACUACAAAGGCCUGGCCCAUGCAUAUGAAGAAGGAGAAUAUAACCACAUUGGCCAAAAUGACAGUAUUUCUUCUCUCCAGCUAGUGAGUGAAGACCUAGAACAUCCUCAGAUUACACUUUUCGACAAACCAAACUUUGAAGGAGCAAGCAAAAUAAUAACAGAGGAAACCAACCUGCUUUAUGGAUAUUUCAAUGAUAAGGCAUCUUCUCACAUUGUCCAGAAAGGUGUCUGGCUAUUGUAUGAACAUGCAAAUAGAAAGGGCUGGCAAUAUAUAGCUCGGGAAGGAGAUAAACUUUCCAAUUAUGAAUCUGUGUUUCAUUUUAAUAAGAAGUGUUCCCAUGUGUAUCCGCUUCAAGGUGGUCGGGCCACAAUCACUUCCAACAUCUUAUGGGAUAGCCAGAAAAUAGAAAGUGAGAGGGAAGUAGUGAUUGAUGAGAUAAAAGGUGUUAACAACACAGAUUUUGAGCAGACAUUUACCACCACUACCAGCAAAAUAUAUGAAUCAGCCACUAGUCACAGUUUCAAGUUAAAACUUUCAGGUCUUAAAGUAAAUGAGAGCUUCUACUUAAGCAUUGGUCCAAGUACUAAUCUCAAGGUGGAAAAAGGAAACAUAGAUUCUAUGGUUACUGUAGACAAAGUCGAGGUGAUCAUGCCAGCCAAUAUCCCACCACAUUCAGAACUCAACAUCCGUGUGAUCAGGAAAGUGGUCACUGCAUCUGUUCCUGUGGAACUAACCAUUACCAAGAAUGGGAAAUCAAAGACAGAAUGUGGAGAAUAUCGUAGUGUAUCAGGAAGCAACAUCAGUGCCAGAUAUAUUAUGAAGCCAGUUCAGAAAAAAGUGUAGUCUUUCAUCACACACACA